AUGGGCAGCAGAUCUGGGAAAUGGAGGCAACAGUGGACAAAGAUAAGAGCCAGCCUAGCAUGCUUUUUGUAGAAAUACCAGAGUACCGUAACAAGCACAUUCGCACAGCUGUGAAGGUGAAUUUCUACGUCAUCAAUGGGAAAAGAAAAAGAAGCCAGCCCCAGCAUUUCACCUAUCACCCAGUACCAUCAAUCAAAACAGAGCCCAUUGAUGACUAUGAUCCAGCCUUAAUCUGCAAUACAGUACACAGUGGUCUGGGAACAGUAACACAGCCUUACUAUUCACAGCAUACAAUGGUCACCGAAUCCCCUUCCUGUCUUGUGGCCACUAUGGCUCCUUGCCAGCAGUUGCGCUCAGGCCUUUCUUCUCCUGAUUCUCGAUACCAUCAGCAGAAUCCGGCAGCUGUAAUAUACCAAAGAAGCAAGAGCCUUAGCCCGAGCCAGCUGGGCUACCAGCAAUCCAAUUUGAUGGCUACACCGAUCACUAUUUCAGAUGCCCAUAGGUCAGUGCUGGUGCACGCUGGUUCUCCAGGCCAAACUUCAGCGGUGCUCCACCACUCCCCAGGCAACCAGCAGUCUUCUCCAGUGAUUCACUAUUCUCCAACCAACCAGCAGCUGAGGUGUGGAAGUCACCAAGAAUUUCAGCACAUCAUGUGCUGUGAAAAUUUUACGUCCAAUGUUGCAAGAUCCAGCCAGCCCCAGGUCAGUCAAGCACAAAGGUUAAGUCCGAGUUCAUACCCUACCGUGAUUCAGCAGCAGACAGCCUCGGGCCAGCGAGCAGCAAAAAAUGGACCACCGGUUAGCGACCAGAAAGAAGUGUUACCAGCUGGAGUCACUAUUAAACAGGAACAGAACCUGGACCAAGCAUAUCUGGAUGACGGUAGGCAGCUAUUGGCAAUCUGGUUGAUUGGUUCUUUUAUUAAAGUAUGUUCCUUGCAAGAGGAAAUUAAUGCAAAGUUAAUAGUGCAGCUGGACGCUGCAAUCAUAAAGGCCAGUAGCAAAACUGACAUUGAUUUUAGUGGGAGCAGAUGUAAAGGUGAAUCCCCAGAGGAAGGGACUAUUCAUGAAAAAUUGGCAGAGAAACCUCUGUUCCCCACCUCUGCCUCAGAGAUUCAUCGCUCUUGGAGGUUCUUUGGGUGUGAAGAUAAGCCAUGGCGGGUAGCUGUUACGCACAAGCCUGAGCAGGGUGUACCUCCAGGAAACCCCGGGUCUCCUGGGGACCCGAGACGCAAAACUACUGUGUUAGCCCUGAGCAAGCUCAGUCCGGGACUGAGCUCUUUCCUGCGGCUUUGGUCUCACGCAGCCCACUCCGUGCUGGUCCCACGGCUCCUCGGGGAGACAGGCAUGCGUGUGCGGAGGAGAGGAGGGGUCAUUGCAGCCAGGAGGGAAGGCGAGACACAGGGCUCCCCGCAGUCGAUGGGGUCCUACGGGCUCGGCUGGGGUGCCGGCACGUUGUGA